UUCCCAAACAAGACAUCAAUAGACGGAGAACGCGGUGCGCGCUGGUUCUCUCACGAUCUCAAGCUGUCCACCUCAAUUCGAGAUUUGAACCAAACAUUUUAAGAGAUCAACAAUGCACUGCGGAAGCUUGGAGAGGAAUGGGACACAACGGAAAAGAACACUUUCGCGAGGAAUGAGCGAAGAUGAAUCCAUACGACACAUAAUAAAGGAGGCAGAGGAGACCACCAAACGACUGACCCGCAGUGAUAGCCGAUAUGGCUCACUUAAAAGAGGAGAAAGAUGUCUCAGCCAGAGUGGAGAUGAUUCGCUUGCUGGUAUCCCUGACAUGGUGGAGCUGCAGGCCAACUAUGACAAUAUGCUUCUGGAGCUGCGCGAGAUGGAGGUCCAGCGCGAGACGCUGCUGUUCCAGGUGGACGUCCUGCAGGAUGCUUUGUUGACCGCUGAGGAGAUGCUGGCCGAGGCCCACCGGGAGCAGCAGGACACCAGCAUGGAGUUGGAUCGGGAGCGGGAGGCGAGACGAAAGCUGGAGGACAUGGUCAGCUCAUUAAUGCAGGAGGUGGAGCGCCUCAAAGAGGAGAGAAACAGCAUCCCUGCGGUCCCCGUCUACACUCUCGUUAGAGACGGCACACAAGAGACGGCGACCGAGGCGACGGAAGACACACAAACAUCACCACCACCAUCAUCAUCCUCACCACCGCCAACAACAACAACUAACGAGACUCAGACAGAGGCGCCGUUCACCCUGGUGCGAUUGGACAGCACCCCUGUUGGUGAAAUCCCAGCUCCCAGUGGCCAGACGGCUCCUGCCUGGCUUCAGAACGCUCCCUUGGGCACAUCGGUGGACCAGGAGCCUGAGCAGGUGAAAAACCCUCCAGGCUCCCCCAGCGAAGGCCCCCUGGCCAAGCUCACCAGGAUGGUGAAGAGCAUCGGCCAAAGCCCCUCGCUGGAGCUGUCUGAACACCCGGCGCAGGAGGGGGUGUUCCGGGGGCAGGGCAGCGGCAAGCAGGCGGGAGAGGACGCGGACGACAACGACGAGAGCAGCGGUUACGAGGACGCGCAGUCGGAGCUCCAGGAGCAGCUGCCGGGGGCCUCCACGCCAGACAUGUCCCCCGACGCAGGCUUCCUCGACGGGGAGGAGGCGGCGGACGAGGAGGGCCAGGAGGCAGAGGAGGACGGAGGCAGCCCCAAGACGGGCGACACGGGGAGCCCCAAGCCCAACGACUCCUGUGUUGUGUCUUAACCUCGGCAGGUUCUGUGAUCGCCUACUCGCCCAUCCCAAUGUGCCACGAUCUACUGAUCUGAGAUUUAAUGUUAUCAAGCAUAAUAUACUAUUAGAUCAGCUCUCUAUGAACUCACUCAGGCCGGCGCACACUGGGUUACUUCAGCUGAUGUUAGAAGAAGGACGGCGUAGAAGACAUUCCUGCUACUAACAGACGACUGCUACACAUUCAAAAUGUUCUUACAUCUUGCACAACCUCUGUGGCCCUCAGAUCGGUAUUUUCUGUCCUGCUUGACUUUGUCAGCUGGGGGGCCUGUUGGGAAACAAACACAGCCGUGAGAUCUGCAAUCGUUGCCUCAGCUCUCUCGGCCACGGUAACAUCUCGCUCAGUCUCAAUAAUUAACAGCUGACCUUGGAAUGCUUUUACUCUCCACCCCCACCCCUCCUCACACACACACGCACGCACACACACGCACACCAGCCCCCCUCCUGCCUCAGGAGGACUUGAGUCAACAAAGCGUGUGUACGUAUGUGUUUUUGCGUCGCCCUGUGUUGUAAUCAACCAAAAAUGGAAUGUUCUGGGCUGAGCACGGGCUGGUGUUCUUUGGCUGAGGCUCCACCACACUCUCUCUCUCUGUUUGAUUUUUUUCUGUCUGUCUUGUGUGUGUGUGUGUGUGUGUGUGUGUGUGUGUGUGUGUGUGUGUGUGUGUGUGUGUGUGUGUGUGUGUGUGUGUGUGUGUGUGUGUGUGUGUGUGUGUGUGUGUGUGUGUGUGUGCGUGCGUGCGUCUAUCUGUCUGUCUCUCUCUCUCUCUCUCUCUCUCGGCACAACAUUGUUUGGCUGCUGCUCUUCCUCUCACAGUCCUGCUUAGUCAGUCCCUCUUUCUCUCUCUCUCUCUCUCUCUCUCUCUCUCUCUCUCUCUCUCUCUCUCUCUCUCUCUCUCUCUGUGGUUUCCUUGGCGGAGCGGGCACCUCCCAGGGUCAUCGGAUAUUGUGAGGGUGUGAUGCCAACAGAUUUGUUUGGCCGUGGUGGAUAGUCCCUGAAAUAUAACACUGGCUACACACACACACACACACACACACACACUGUACGGCUAGCUCUAUGUCUAGACUACACUUUAAUCUUUUAACAAAGUAUGUUAAUGUCCACAGAGAUCAUUGCUGUGUCAGUGUACACGGUAGAAAUAAUACACAAUACUGAAGUCAUUUUAAACACUGGGGCGACAUGAAGGACACAGAGAUAUAACAUUGAUCUCAGCAAUUAGUAGGAUUUUAUUUGUGAGUAAUACUCUGAUUAGUUAGUAAUACUCCUUAUUGCCAUUAUCAGUUUAUUGAAAGUAAGGGUAGACAUAGCCCCACAAACACAAUGUUCAACUACAUUUAACUCCUUUGACACACCAUUAUUGGGGAUCUCCAAAAAGGGAACAUAGUGCCUUCUGACAACAUUUCAAAUUGAAAUACUACUUACAAAAAAGAGAAAUAUGAACUUUAUUGAAGCAGCACAAGGUGUGUGUGCCUCAGUGGGUAAAGUUAAGGUCUGCAUUGCUCUGGCUUGGCUUUGGCAAAUGAGUGAGAAGUGAAGUACUGUACAUUCCAGUUGUUUGGUUAGAAACACGAUUAGCCAUGACUCAUGAGCGCAUGCCAGGCUGGACUGGCCAUCUGGCAUACCGGGCAUUUCCCGGUGGGCCCUGCACCCUUGUGGGCCCCUUUUUUCAGAAAUGCAAAAAUAUAUACAGGGAUUGUACAAAAUAUCUGAGACACCUGUCAUUUUAGUGUGGGAAGUUUAAUGGCUCAAGUGGACCAGCCUGUUGGCCAAUCUUCAUUAAUUGCACAUUGCACCAGUGAAGUGUGAAGGUUCAAUUAGCAGGGUAAGAGCACAGUUUUGCUCAAAAUUCUGCAAUGCACACAACCUUAUGGGUGACGUAUCAGAGUACAAAAAUGAGAAAUUCUUGGUAUGUGUGUAACUGUUGCAUCUUUGACCGAGACAGCAAAUCUUUUUGAUUUAUCAAUAGCCACGGUAUCCAAGGUAAUGUCUGCAUACCACUAAGAAGGAAAAGUGUGUCUCAGAUAUUUUGAGGCGAGGCCCACUGGUGAGUCAGUUCUGCGCCACUAAUUAUGAGGGACCCCUUUAAGCCAAAGUGCCCGGGCCCAAUUCCUCCCCCAGUCCAGCCCUAGGCGCGUUACAGGUUAAUCAGAGGUGUCCUUGAGGUUUUGUUUGCGUUGAGUGCCGCUGUGGGAACAGCUCUACCUAUUUGGGAGAGGCAGCCCGACCUCACAUUGUUUAAAAAUAGACAUUGCAGGACAGUGUCGCUUUUAUUAAAAACCUUUUAACCCCUUAUUAUUAGGAAUUAAUGAAGUCAUUUUGGUUAUGGAUCUUAAGCGUUUGUGUUGAAGUUCAUUGUUUGGUUAAUAUCUGAUGUAUCUUUACAUUUUCUGUUUUAAGUGUUUUACUUCCUAGGCCCCCCAAAAUUGUAGGUUUUUUUUUAACUUUAAGAACGUUAUUUGUUCUUGUUAUGGUGUCUUAUAAGUAACUGUCUUAUCUACAGUCCACUGUCUAUAAAAGAUUUUUAACUCAAAAUACUAUCUCUAUCAGAGAAAUGUAAACGGAAAAAUACCAUGUACUGGCUCAUGUGGUACUAAGCACCUUCCAAUUUCACCUCCUGGUUUGCUUGUAUGUAAUGUGGAGUGAGUCAGUUUUUUAUUAUUAUUAAGAAUGAUGUUAAGUAGCCACACCUUGUGGGCAUGAUAUGUAUGUACGUGCAGUCCGGCAUCUCCCUUUAUAGCAUCUUGGCUCACUGCACCUUCAGUUAUUGAAACGUUUUUAUUAGAAAAUGUUAUUUACUUUCAUUUUCUUCUGUAUAAUUUGAAGAAACCUGGUAAGGGCCGUGCUAAAUUAUCUUUAUGCUGUUAGUUCAUGUGGUUUUGCACUUGACAUGUCGCACAACUUACGAUGCUGAUGUUUUCUAAGGCUGCAUGGUUGUAGUUUACAAAACAAACCGGUGAAAGAAAUUGACAUAGCCCUACAUUUCACCUGUAUAUGUAUGAUGUGUUGUGAGAUGUAUAGGCCUAUUUCAUCCAAUAAUAAUUCAAUUCACUUCCAAUGGAUAUGUCCAUGUGAGCAUGUGGUUGUGCAGAUGAUUAAAAAAGUCAAUCCACAAGGGAAAGAAGUCUCUUGUUUGUUUGUUUUCUCAUAUUGGGGGAAGAGGAGGCUGUAUCCAACCAACAUGUGGCGUUCUUAUAGCUGUCAGGUCAUUAAUAGGACCCUUCACCUUCAAUGUAAUUGCAAUAUCAUUUCAUAUUGCACAAUACUGACUAUAUAGUACUAAUGUAUUUUGUUAUCGCGUGGCAUGCUAUUAUACCAUGUGCAAAUUCAAAGAUUCUAAUCUGGUAUGCUGAAUUGUUGACAGUAGAGUGUUGAAUGUUGCCCAAGUAACUGGUUGCUAUGUUAUGUGUAGUUAUUAGCAACAGAACACACACACACAGUAAUGAAAUACACACGUAAUAAGAAAGGCAAUUUAUUUAUAAACAUAAAAGACUGUAUGAUUUGUUUAAAAUAAAUCUGUGCUUAAUUACAUUUAAAUACACCUUGCAAGCAUAUUCACAAAGUUUAAUUGUCCAUAUCCUUGCAGCCUGGAAGAAGUGUCUCCAUUUGAAUCAUAAAAGAUUCAAUGAUUUCUAGACAAGACAAGCUAUACUGUUUUACAUGAUAUUGGAAAAAGCUAGUUCAUUAUUUCUUAACUCAGGAUCACAUAUGUACAUAUGCAUUACAAUAAUGUAACAUUGAAAUAGGCCAAUAUUGUUGCCUAAAUAGUCAAUGUUUAAUAUGCAGCUAUAUGCAUACAUAAAAUGUUCCAAAGGAGUAGGAAAGAGAUUU